AUGUCUACACGAAUAUUAUUUGGCUGUUUAAGGGUUUUGAAAUCAAAUAAGAACUUUACAAAUGUGGCUCUUAGGUCUGCUCUACGGAGAAGGCCAACAGGGUUGGAUUCAGAUAUUCGACUAUUUGAGAGCUUAUUGAAACCAAAAAAAUAUGAAGACAUAUCCGCAAUGGAAGCAGAGCAAGAAGUAUUUGAGGAAGAUAGUUUAAAGAAUGUUGCUAAAGAGGAAUAUGUUCCCGCUCGUUUCGACGAGAUUACUGAAAUUUUACCCAAAACUCAAAGAGCAUUAAGGGAGGAAUUCAGAUAUGUUACUAUGUCGAAAGUUCAAGAUGCCGUAUUAUCACAAGCUCCGAUCGAAGGUGAUUUAUUUGUUAAGGCGAAAACAGGAACCGGCAAAACUCUGGCUUUUCUUAUACCGGCAAUAGAGACAAUGAAUCGUAAAUCUAAAAAUAAUGAUGGCAGAAUGGUUUCAAUUAUGAUUCUAUCUCCGACUCGUGAAUUGGCUCAACAAAUUGCAACUGAAGCAGAAAGGCUAACGCGCUUUUAUAAUUACAAAGUUCACUGUUUAGUAGGAGGUGAAAAAAGGGAUAUCCAAAUUAGAAAGUUAACGCGUUAUAGAGCUGAUAUAGUCGUUG